AUGAGCACGAGGAAAGUUCACCGGGGAUAUGAGCAAUUGAUUAGCGAACCAACGAUCGAUGAUCAAUCAUCAGAAGCUAAGAUGCUGAGGUCCACGACAUUGCCUGCCAAUUUCUUCGGCGAACCACCUGUGAAGUUCAUUGAGAAACAAGUGAAGAAGGCGAGCAAGAUUCAUCCGUUCUUCAGCAUGUUCGAGAGGAGGAGCGGCAAGAAGAAGGCGACGGCUAAGCCUGAGUUCUCAAGGUACAUGCAGUAUCUCAAGGAAGGAGGCAUUUGGGAUGCUAAUUCAAUCAAGCCUGUAAUCUACUAA